ACGAAAUGGAGAAUAAAUCGGAACCAGAGGAACGAAGAACGACAUCGUCUCUCUUCCCUCUCUUCCCAGCUGGUGCUGAGGUCUCGGGUACUUCAAGCACUCUUCAAUGGCUUUCCAACACAAGCUUCACCACUGACCUCUCUGUCGUGGCCCAGGCAGUGAGGGAGCAUGAAGAAGAAGAAGAAGAAGAAGAAGAAAAAGAAGAAGAAAGAGGAGGAGAAGAACAGCAGAAUGAAGACUAUGAAGCUAAGUCUUCACGUUCCUACCAUUUUGUUGAAGAAUCCGUGGAAGGAGACGAGAAAUUUUCCGAUUCCGAUAGAGAUACUAUGAAGGAAAAGAGAGAGGAAAAGAAUAAGACCAAAAGGUCGAAGAGGAAGCGAUCCCGAGAGGGAGAUAGUGAAUUUUCUGAUUUUGGUUCGGGAAAAUCCAAUGUUAGGGCUCGGGUUGAUUCCCUUACUAAACCCGCAAAGGAUUAUUACUUCGAUACUCACCCUGAUCCAGACACUUUGGCUUUUGGCUCUCUUUACAGGAUGGAUAUACCCCGUUAUAAAAGUUGUAAUCCUAAGAAAUCACCCGGGUUUGAUUCCUUUUGGUUCUACCGGUGGAAUCAGAAGGGUCCUGCACUUGAUCAAGAUGGAGAUGCUAGUGCAUUGGACAACAAAACCAAAUCUGGUGGUCGGUACUGGUCUGCAAAAUAUGCUGCUCUGGAACGACAUAAGGACUUAAAACGUAUUCAUCAUAUUGCUCCAAGAAAGUCUGCAGCUAUGUCAUUGGAUGAUUUCAUUCCCUUGUCAGAUGAAGGUGCUGAUAACUGUUCCAUUUCUAAGCAUUCAGUGGUUGAAGAAUCUUGGGAAGACGAAGUGCUACGCAAAACACGGGAUUUUAAUAAAUUGACAAGAGAACAUCCUUGUGAUGAAAAAGUUUGGCUGGCCUUCGCGGAGUUCCAAGACAAAGUGGCAAGUAUGCAAACAAAAAAAGGUGCUCGCUUUCAGAUUCUAGAAAAGAAGAUUAGCAUACUUGAGAAGGCAGUGGAAAUUAACCCAGAUAAUGAGGAACUGUUGCUUUGUCUUCUUAAGGCAUAUCGAAACAGAGACAGUCCUGAUAUAUUAAUUGGUCGAUGGCAAAAGAUACUUAUGCAGCAUUCAGGGAAUUAUAAGUUGUGGCAAGAGUUUCUGCAUGUAGUUCAAGGGGAGUUCUCCAGAUUCAAGGUUUCAGAUGUGAGAAAAAUGUAUUCACACGCUAUCCAGGCUCUCUCUGCUGCCUGUGGCAAGCAGUCUAGGCAGGUUCACCAAUCUGUUAAAUCUUCAGAUCCUGAUGUUUCUCAGCUGGAACUUGGACUGGUUCAUAUAUUUAUCAGUCUCUGCAGGUUUGAGUGGCAAGCUGGUUACCAUGAAUUGGCCACUGCAUUGUUUCAGGCUGAAAUUGAGUUUAGUUUGUUUUGUCCUUCUUUACUAUUGACGGAGAGUAGUAAACAAAGACUAUUUGAGCACUUCUGGAAUAGCAAUGGUGCUAGAGUUGGAGAAGAAGGUGCCAUUGGUUGGUCAACUUGGUUGGAAAAAGAGGAAGAAAACAGGCAGAAGGUUAUGAAAGAAGCUGCUUCUCAUAAUAAUGAAGUAGGUGGUUGGAGUGGUUGGUCUGAGCCACUAUCAAAAAGUAUAGAAGCUAAACUAAAUCCAGGAGAGAUACCCAAGAGUGAUGUGACUGGUCAGGAUGUUGAAGAGGAAAUUGAGAAUGAAAAUGUCGAACAGGAAGAAGAUACCGAAGCUUUGCUGAAGAUGCUGGGAAUUGAUGUUGGUGCUGAUGUUUCAGGUGAAGUGAAUGAUACAUCAACCUGGGCCAGAUGGUCAGAAGAAGAGUCAUCAAGGGAUUGCUGCCAAUGGAUGCCCCUGCGCACAAAUACUGGCAGAAGCCUAGUCAAUUAGGAUACCUUUAAGAGAUGCUUGUCUGUUCUGGUCUGGGAUAUCCUGUGCUGAUGGAACGACUGAUAGAGAAGCAGAUGAUCAAUUUUUGAGAGUUGUAUUCUAUGAGGAUGUGAGUGAAUAUUUGUUCUCAUUAAGCUCAGGAGAGGCUCGAUUAUCCUUAGUAUACCAGUUCAU